CCCCUGUCCUACUAGCCCGGGCGACGAGCAUGACGGGGGGGGAGCGACAGGAUAGGGGGCCCGUCGCGCUCGACUCCGACUAGUAGAGGGCCAACCCGCUGCCCAUCGCUUGGACCCCCGCCGUCGGAGAUUGAUUUUGGCACCCUGGUACUGUAGGCCUCCUCGGAUCCCCCGGCGAGUUGUGACCGAUCACUUGCUUGUUCAUUUUAAACCCUUACUUGUUCAUUUAAAAUAUCUCGCGCGCUCCUGAGAGCUUUUAGAGGCCUGCAGCUUGAUCUGCACAUGCCGCGACAUCUAAAGGUGAACGCGGCAUGAACCUUAACGGGGAGCCCGCGACGACAAGAUUGUCUGGGUUGAUGAAGUCUGUCGUACUUUGCACGACGGGACUACCGCCCGGAGAGCGAGAGGAGAUAUGCGAAAUGGCUCGCGCAAUGGGAGCGGCCGUGAACGAUAACCUGAGCCGUAUGACGACUCACCUAGUUUGCGCCACUGUCAAAGGAGCCAAGUACGAUGCUACCAUGCACUCUCCUUUGAGGGGCCAGAUCUAUCUGGUGACUCCCGAGUAUGUCCGAUGCUGUCACACCACUAUUGCCCGCCUUGACGAGAGAAAGUAUCCAACUCUUGCUUUAUCAGGCCUAAGAAUUUCCAUCUCUGGCUUUGAGAGCGCCUCACGCGAGGUGCUCCGUGAAGCAAUUGUCGCUACAGGCGGCGCGUACAUACCAACACUAAACGCGGGUACAACCGAUGUGCUUGUUGCACGUCGAGCAACAGGUGCCAAGUAUCACGCUGCUGCUGCCUGGAACAUUCCAUGCGUCUCCCGGGGAUGGCUCGAUGACAGUCUUAUAUAUGGCCAUCGACGUGAUAUGCGUAAAUACACACUUAGUGACGUGAAAUUGAUGGGAAAGCGCAAGCGAGACCUCGGGCUUGAAAUAGAAAACAACAUCGCCGAGCUGGUUCGUGCCACCCACGACACAUGCGUUAGCAGGGCUUUUGACAGCGUUAUUGCUUUUGUCGCCGAAUGUAGCAUCCCUGACACAGUGAGAUCUGACAUCGACGUACUUCUGAGCUAUGGACAGGGUACGAGGCUUCCGGUUCUUGCAGCUGCAGUUACACAUGUCAUUGUCCCCCCAAACCUAAGCCCAACGAGCUACCAAAUAACACACUGGUCUCAGCAUACAAAUAGCGCCCACGUUGUCAAGGCUUCCUGGAUCGCAGCAUCUGCAACAUCAGGAAGUCGACAGCCUGAAGUUUUCUUCGCUGUCUGUUGAGUGAUCAUUUUUAAAUUUAGUAUGCAAUUGAAACAAUUCAAAGUUAGUACUUACUGCCUCUAGCUCGCCAGCGGU